CUUCAAGAAACUGUUAUAAACCGUUACUACGAUAUCUUGCUUGGCACUCGUUAUGAUUACAUUUAUUUAGCCUGCUAUAUAAUAGUGUAUGCGCCUGCCCAUCUCUUUCCAGGAAACCAAGAAGCUUGCGGAGACUUGAUGUUUGUACGCAUUAUCAUAUCAUUAUGCAACUCUAAAUACCUUAGCUCAUUUUGCUGUCAGUAUUAAGAGACAUGGACAAUUGUUGUCAUAGCGGCGAGGCAUCGUGACCCUGCCCUUGCAAGACGUCCAUCGAAAAUGACACAGCAACAAUCGGCUGCUGUUGACAUUCGCAAGAUAGCAUGUAUAGGGGCGGGGUAUGUCGGUGGGCCUUCCAUGAGCUGUCUGGCUUACAAGUGCCCGGACGUAACGGUGACGGUUCUGGACAUCAGCCCUGCACGGGUGGAUGCAUGGAACAGCGAUAAGCUUCCCAUCUACGAGCCAGGCUUACUGGACAUCGUGAAGGCGUGUCGUGGGAGAAACCUGUUUUUCUCAACUGACGCCAAGAAACACCUUUCCGAAGCGGACUUGAUCUUUGUCUGCGUCAACACGCCCACCAAGCUGCAGGGUGUGGGUGCGGGCAAGGCCGCCACGUUCGGGUUCUGGGAGGCGGCUGCGCGCCUCAUCGCGGCCUCCUGCCAGGGCUGCGGACCCAAGAUAGUGGCGGAGAAGUCCCCGGUGCCCGUCAAGACGGCGCAGGCCAUGUCGCGGGUGCUGACAGGCUGCCAGGACGGCGUGAAGACGCGGUUCGAGGUGAUCUCCAAUCCCGAGUUCAUGAGCGCGGGGACAGCCAUACAGGACUGCCUCAACCCAGAUCGGGUCCUCAUCGGCGGUCGCGACACCCCCGAGGGUGCCAGCGCCGUGGAGAGCCUGUCCCGGCUGUACCGCCGCUGGGUGCCCCCCGAGCGGGUGCUGCACAUGGGGCUGUGGAGCUCCGAGCUGGCCAAGCUGGCGGCCAACGCCUUCCUGGCGCAGCGCAUCUCCUCCAUGAACGCCAUCUCCGCGCUGUGUGAGGAGACGGGCGCGGAUGUGCAGCAGGUGUCUCACGCCAUCGGCACCGACAGCCGCAUUGGCCCUCGCUUCCUGGAGGCGGGCUGUGGCUUCGGCGGCCCCGCACUGCAAAAGCACGUGCUCAACCUGGUCUACAUCUGCGAGGCGCUGGGGCUGCAGCAGGCGGCGCAAUACUGGCAGCAGGUGGUGGACAUGAACGAUUGGGUCAAGUCGCGCUUCGUGCGCCGGGUCAUCAACUCCAUGUUUGGCACCAUUCGCGGCAAGCGCAUCGCGGUGCUGGGGUUCGCGUACAAGGCGCACACCACUGACACGCGCGACACGGCUGCCAUUGAUGUGUGCCGGGGGCUGCUGCUGGACGGGGCCAAGCUGUCGGUGUACGAUCCAAAGGUAUCUCCCGAGCAGAUCCACCUGGACAUGUGCCUGCCGCGGGGCUCCCUGGAGCAGCCGCGGCGGCAGGGAACCACCGUGUCGCUUGCCACGGUGGAGGUGGCGCGCAGUGCGCUGGAGGCGUGCAGGGGCGCACACGGGGUGUGUGUGCUCACGGAUUGGCCGGAGUUCAGGUCCCUCGACUUCCGCGCCAUCUUCGGCGCCAUGAUGAAGCCCGCAUUCAUCUUCGACGGUCGCAACAUGCUGGACCAGGCGGCGCUGCGGGACAUGGGAUUCGUGGUGUACGGGCUGGGCAAGCCGCUGGACCCCUUCCUCACGCAGCGCCUGGAGGAGGACUUCGGAGCGGGGGGAGGGGGCGGGCAGCAGCUGCGGCAGCCGGGAGGGGAG